CCACAAAAACAAAACAACGAAAACAGAAAAGCACCACAAGAGAAAGUGUACCCAAAGAAUAAACUCCAACAAUGACGGUUGAUAAGGAACUGAGACGACAAGAGUAUGCCAAAGCGGAAGAGUACGUUAUCUCCGUCUACGAAACGAGUGCCCCACCCUACGAACAGAGCAAAAUUGAAGAGAUGCUGGAACAUACAAGCGCUUUGGCACCACAUGUGCAGCUGGAUCGAAUGUGGAUGGAGCGAUUGCUGCAAAAGCUGGCGCAUCGACGCCCCGAGAUCCACGUCCCUGAGCGAAGCCCCGAGGAAUGGACCAAGCUGUUCCCUCGGUACCCCACCACGGAUGAUGCCUUCGUCAUGUCUUUGGAAGCUACCGAACAUGACAAAAUCCGGGAAACUUUGAACAAGUAUGGGCUGGUUGUUGUCAAGGCAUUCGACACUGAGGUUUGUGAAAAGACCAUCGAAGCAAUGUUUGACGAAAUCAAUGAUCUCGCUGCGGAAAGGGCGGCCACGGCGGGAAGGCCAGCACCUACUCCGGUCAACCCCUACAAACAAUGGACUUGGGUAGAUAGCAAUUGGCCCUCGGAAAGAAAGUUCCUGAUACCCCGACCCGCAUUUCACCCCCAAGCAUUUGAAAAUCGUGUUGCUCCGCACGUGUAUCAGUUGUUUGCAGCGCUGUGGGGAGAGGACAGAUUGCGAGUGUCCAUUGACAACUGGGGAGCGACCAGAGGCUCUCGCAACCUUAACCUGAACCAGGAGACGACAACCAGCAGCGGCGAAGACGCGACCAUCGAAUUGACUGACAAGCCCCGCUGGGGCAAAGGUAUCACACCACAUUGGGACUACAAUCCUUGGUUGUGGGUUGAUGAGGUCGAGCGACAGGGAAGGAACCCUGGAUAUCAGGCGGUAGUGGCUCUAAACGAGCAUCGACCCGGCAUGGGUUGUCAUUACACCUUACCUGGAGGCACUGCCUUUAUGUCGCAGUGGUGUCAAGAGCAUGGCUGCCCCUCCAAUGUGAAUAUGAAAAGGACCAGCCAUCGCCCGCCCGAAACGGACCCCAUCCGACAACACAUGCAAGAAAUCCCCCUGCGCCGCGGAGAAAUGAUCAUUUGGACCUGGGGACAGUUGCACGCCACCGCGGAGAAUGUCUCGGAUAAGAUGCGGUUGCACCAGUACAUUCGAUUCUUUCCCGCAGCUGAAACCGGAGACCGGUUCUACGAAGAGCAUGAUCGGUACGCUCCCCGUCGAGUGCUGAGAAACUAUGGUAAGGAUGAAGCGGUCCCUAGCUUGGCGGCGUUGCCCGAGUCGUUGGGCCAGUUGGGUCGACGUUUGGUUGGACUGGAAGAGUGGCCUUGAGCUUGAGAACAAGGUUCCGGUGUCAUCCUCGCACUAGUGUGCUCGGCUCGGUAGCUGCUAAUAAGGAUAGGAUGGUCUAGGAAUAUUUAAAAAGUUUUGGACGCUGUAGACUCGAUGCUUGCGACUUGACAAACCUAAACGAGCAGUUGUCCACAAGCUAUCCCUCAGAGCACCAAAAGGAGUGGAGUGUUGCAGGGGCAGUGGACGAACACGAUACCAACGGCGCUCCUCGCCGAAGUCCAGCAAUUCGUGGGUUACUUUGCUUGGUGUCUGUUUACUGUCUGCCUGAUAUCGGUAGCCACUGGACCAAUGAAGGCAAGGAGUACACCCGUACGGUACCGUAUCUUUCAGACUAGCUAGCAAGAGUACAACAGAGUUGCCAGCCAAUGUUGGGAUCGACAGGGCUCGUAGCAUGCGCUGUACCGGCCGAUGGUGUCUUCGCUCGAGCUUGCUCCGCCGCAUCAUCGUUCUGUUCCGAUUUCGUGACCAUAAUUUUACUCGCGCAAAGAACAUUCUAAAACCCCCCUUAUAUUCUAAAUUUCCCGAGCCAACGCCAAUCGGGUACUGGCGCUACGUACCGUACCGUACCGUACCGUACCGUACCUAUUUACCAACAACUGAGUACAGUACCUACUGAGUACCAUACCGUACCGUACCGAUACCGAUUCUUACAUGCCUCCUCCAAUUUUCGUCCAGCUCAAACACGGAACAUGAUCCUUCACCCAAAUUGAGAAAUUUGACAAUUCAACCGAUUAACCCA